GCGUGAUCACUGCGACAUUCGACGUUAUUCGCAGGGCGUAUUGACGAAUUGUUCCCCAAAUUAUCGACAUGUUUUAGGGCCAAGAAUCUCAUCUUAAUAGUAUAUUUAGGGCAAACUACCUCUCAGCUCCUACCAUGAGUGAACAGAAGGAGCGAGGAGACGACUCUGGCGGGGAACUUUGGGCGUCAAGUUGGGAGCAGCAGUGUCUGGAAGAGUUCGAUAGCGAACCCAACUUAGACGAGAGGCUGCCCCAAGAACGACAGGUCGCUGCCGACCAGCUGUGGCACAGCUUUCAAGCCUGCGCCAGCGCCGUCACGCAUCUUUAUAAACUCGAACGUCUGUGUAAUCCAUCCAAUGCCCUACCUCUUUGGCUUGCAUUUCAGAACGCUGCUAGUUCAGUCACCAGAUUGUAUAAAGACAGCCUAGAAGCACACCGGAGGACCAGUGAGUUUGGCACGCAGAUCGGGCACCAGCGCCGCACCAGGGACGUUGUGGGCUGGGUCAAGAAGCGCCGGCGCUACAUCAAGCGGGAGGACCUCCUGGCAUUCCUGUGCGGCAAGGCACCCCCGCCCCGGAUUCGGCCCAGCCCCGGGGGCCGGGGUGUGUCGGAGCGUUCCUCGCCGCGGACCCAUGCCCAGUCGCACGACGUCGGGCAUGCAGUGGAAACGACGGAUGAUCUGCAGCCCUUCAGAGAAGCAUUAGCUUUACAAGGUUUAAAUGGAGCUAUGGCAAAUGUGGGUGUCUCCCAAUCUCCCCCGCACCACUCCCAUUCGCGCCGUCGCCAUGGAAACGUACUAGAUCUCUUCCCUGAUGAACUCUUUGCCCAUCCCGACUCGCGGAAGAGAAACCCUUCCCCGAGUGACGUGCACAUGGACUCGCCCUCUCAUAAACGCAACCGACUACUAUGAAGAAAACAGGAGUGUUGCUUUCAGUAGGUGUACAAACUUAGAAGAAAAAAAAUUGAAAAAAACAGAAAAUGAAUCUCAAAAGAAAGUAAAAACGUUAAUAUAUUAAGGUGUUAUUGGCUGAUCUUCAAAAGCCACUGGGAAAAGCAUCAUAUUUUGCACAGCGUUCGGAGUAGGAGCAUGUCAGGUGGGCAGAGAUCAGCAUGUGCAUUGUUUUGCCAACGAGAAAAGACCCACGACGUCAAGGUGCCAAUCGUCAUCCGGUUUACAUGUUUUAUUUUUGGCAUUCUGGAAAGUUGUGCCAUGUGUGGGGGUGUUACAGAGCAUUAUUCAGUGGGCUAGAAGUUCUUCCAAUCUACCCAUAUGACUACUGCACUGGUUGGUAUUUGCCAUGCACACUGGUAAUGUAGGCCAAGGUCCGUAGAAGAUAAGUACCCUGUAUUGUGAAAAAGAGAUUUGAUCGGUAAUUACUGAAAGUGGGUAGGAUUUCAUCUCCUUACAAAAGAUGUGAUAACAUUAAACUUGGUAUACUUUAAUCAAAUACAAAUAGUGUUUAUUCUCAAGUCUGACCAAAAUAUUUUCCAUGGCAGCAAAAGUUUCAGUAAGGUUUGUGUGAACUGACCCUGACACCUUAAGCAUUUCUGAUGUAGUUACUUCAAUUAAAUAGCUAAAAUCUGGCAAACUGUAACCACGGAACACAUUCUUUGUACUUGGAACAGAAUUCAUGCUUGAAGCCCCACAUUAACUAAUGGUGCAGGGGGGCCCAUCAGACCUGAGUCCAACCAGGUCUAGCAAGAGCAGUUUGCGGAGUCGUAUUAGUGUACCAAUUUACAGUCAGGUAAACAAGGUGUGGGCAUGCUAAAGCUUGUGUUGGCAGACCUAAUAAAGACAUUAGUACUGAACCAGUGAUAAACUUUAGAUGUUAGUCUGAUUAGUUGCAGUUUUCUUGGUAAAGUGAAGAAUAAGGGGGUUGGAAAUUCAAGUCCAAAAUUUGUCAAGCACAAACUUCUAACUACCCGGAAAGCACCAAGUUACAUGUGCACCCAAAAUUGUACAUUAAUAACAAUGAAUGACACGUCCUCAUAUUGCAUAUUGUCAUAUAGCAAAAUUAAACAGGAAGUACGUGUCUGUGGGAUAUAAUUUUGUCACUCGCUCCAAGUAUUGUCAUUGUGCUAAUACAAAGCAUUACCACCUGCAUCAUUGGAUGUCGGUCACUGAUAUGCAUUGCACCAAAGAAAUACACUGGCAAGUGGAAAGAAAAAAACAUGGAGACUUUCAUAGAUGUGCACUGGGCAUUGUUAAUGCGUUCAUGGCAGGCUUCAGCUAAAACUGAGCUGUGCAGUUGUACACCUUCAUGAUGGGCAACUGUUGUGCACGUAAAUGUACAUCGUAGAUUGAGACAGUGAUCUCAUAAUGCCAUGCUUCAGCAGCCGUAGUGUUCACAGCGCUGUGGUUACAGGCAUACCAUUCCACAAUUGUGGUGUAGUUCAAGAUGCACGUAUUAUUGAGUCUAGAUAAGACCUACACCUAGAGACAUACCAAGGCAACAGAGGCUAAUAGCCCUGGGGUCUGAUGCCCAGGUUAUGACAUCACUUGGUGCCCUUUGGCAUUCAGAUGUUUCCAUUGGAUGUGCCGUUUUUAUCAGGAAGAUGGCCCUACCUGUGAGAACCAAAUAUUCGGGCUUGCCGUUUGUAAGGGUUUCAGAUGAGGGGGACAGGUCAAUGCGGGUGUGAUACUUUUGUAAACAAUGUUCUAACAUGCUUUCAUGUUGUUUAAAGUGUGUGAGCCGUCAUGUACAAACUAUGUGUACAUCAACUAAUGCAGUUAUUGUACGUUGCAUAUAAUGUAUUUGUAAUAACUCGAAGACUGUGUGUAUGCACUUGUAAAUACCGUAAACCGUUUGCUCAUGAAUGCUCAUUAAUUGAGCUCGAGUUUGCCACACAUUUUACAUGUUUUUGUCUUGCAAGAGAAGUUUACUGCUUGUCCUUUACAGUUUCCUUUUCUCUAUCCUCCAUAUUUUCCCCCAAAAGUCACAAACUGUACUCAAUCUUAUCUUUUUUGCAUUAAGUUCAAAGCAGUUGGCAUAGUAAUAGCAUUGCAACCAAAUGGUUAAGAAAUCUGCGCCCUGUAUAGAUGCUCAGUCACAAAACCCACACUACUAGCACCGUCUGAUUUCAGACAUAUAAUGUGCCAUUUGAAGGUCUGUCUUUUGUAGAGCAUGGAGGUACCCGUCAGCGUUCUAUCCGAGACCUUUAUAUCCGAGACUGAGACCAAAGCAUACAAGACUAAGACUGCCAAAAAAAGGUCUAGAGACGGUCUCGAGACUGAGACCAGGUCUCCAAGGAGAUGCCAUACAUGUACCAGUGUACCAGUCCAGUAAACGUUGUGGCACCACAUUCUUGCUUGUGUUUGUAAACCUGACGCACGCGCGUUUUGGCAAGUCACAGCACCGUAUUGGCUGAAAAGAGACAUUCAACACACGGUGGUUCCACCGCUGUAAUUGGCUUACACCAUUCUUUUAUUGCUCUGCAGCAGUACGUGUGAACAAACGUUGUACAUGCAUGGAACAAAAUCAUACAUGUAACACACUAAAGUGGACCGAGGAGAAAACCUAUUCUAUGUUGGUUUAUUUAAGCAUAGAUUUGUGGGGAUUUUCUAAAUGAUUUAAGUGUAAGAUAUUUGUUUAAGAGGUGAAAGUUGUUUUUCACAGGAUUUUCCUGAUUUCAGGAUUUUGCAAAAGCAUUUUGUUAAAAUGGGGGAAAUUCCGAGUUUUCAGUCAAGGUUUUUUUACAUAUAAAAGUUGAUACAGAGUUGAUACUCAAGAAAUAGGUGUUUUAAGGGCUGCUCUUAGGCCAACACAAAUGUACGCCUCAGACCCGACACCGCUGUUGGGCCCUCUAAACCUCGGGUCAUUUUUUCCUGGGUAUUUCAUCUUCCUCUAAUCUCAAACCUGUUAUUUAGAGAAUCAAAAUACAAAUAUCUGUUCACUCUGGUAACUGUCUGUUAUUUGGCACAUACUUAUAGCUUGGUUACAAAUUUGCCAUGUGAAACCAGUACAUUAUUUGAGAGACGAGCAGUGCACACUUCCAUGUCAGGCAUUGCGCAUGCAGGCACAACGGAAGUGUGUGGUGGGGAAUCUCGGACACAAACCGAAUGUUUCCUGCUAGGCUCUCUGUGUUUCACCCAUUGAGGGGGCUCUGGUGCUCAGGCAACAGAGCCAUUUACAGUGGACUGUCGUUAUAAAGAACACCAUGAUAACAACAUACUGUUAUAAAGAACAAAUUUUGAGGAUCCCACUUUCUUGAAUUCUUAUGUUUCUCUUUGCUUUUUCACUCCUCUUAUAACAAAGUCCUUUGUGUAACAAAGUAAUUUGUCUGCAACUUUGUUAUAACGAGAGUCAACUGUAUAGAGAGAGUGGCGACAUGAGUGUCUGAAUUGUUGGAACCAAAAUGGUGGAUGAUGAGUCGGUGCACCUGGACAAUUAGCACGCAAUAGCUGCAUGCAGUACUGCACACAAAAAUGAACAGUAAUGUUGGUUCCAGAGUCUUUUAAGUUGGCGCUAUUGUCGCUAUAUACAGCUCUGCAGGGCAGUGCGUUGUAGUUGAAUCCAUCCAAGUCUAGUCACAAGUCCUCUUGCGAGGCCAGUCAUAAGUAACAGGGUGGACCGUGACCAAAGAAUGCUCUUGUCACAGUCUGUAUAUUGUACAUUGAACAUUUCCAUACCUAUCAACAGUAGGUUAUGACUUGGCUUAAGAUGAGACGACUUGUGACGGACUCACAGAGACUGGUAAUGGACUUGAUUACCACCAUGACACUGAGCCCAUAAAGAAGGCACAUUAGAGUUAGUAUUCCGGGGGGGGGGUUGCUUCAGCCACAUGUAUCAAUGUUAUAUUUACUAAGUUACACAUAAUGCACAUACUGUUUCACGGAUGAUAAAAAAAAGGAAAGAAUUUGUUAGGAAUGCAGCUGUGUUUGUUUGCAGUUUGGUCUUUUCCGUGUCAGGCACCAGACCUUAUAUUAGUUUGUAUCACAGCCAGGUAGAAGUUUAUCGUACAUGGAACAUUUCCAUACCUAUCAAUAGCAGCUUGUACGAUGCAUACAUGUACUUAGCAACAGACUGACAUAUUUUUCAUGGACCAAAUGCCAGUAAAUGCAUACUCCCAGCAACAGGAAAAUUUAUGGGGGUAAUUUUAUGGGCAUUGUUCAUUUGUGGUCUGUUGUAAUUAACUCCUGUGCAUGUAUUACUGUACUAAAAAUAACCAGCUGCCUCAUACGAGACUACAGACACAUGGCUGUACAUCCAGACUUGUGUCACCCAUGUGUGCUACACUCAUCCAUCAUGUUUUAAGUUCAUGAUUCGUAUGGAUUCGGGAAUUUUUGGAGGGAGCUUGGAUGAGUAGUUCGAAAGAGGGACACAAACUAAGAUCUGCAGAAAUGUAUGAUGCCAUUUUGGAAAGAGAAACAUUUGAUUUGUUUGCCUGAUAAAAAGAUAGCCGAGCCAUUUUGAUGAGACAUGGAGCAAAUUGGCCCAUCGGAGUACAGUUGUAACAAAAACUGUCUCACACCCCACACCUUACCUUCUCUGUAUCAUGAUGACCUUGUGAACAGUGGCAGCUUGAAUAUUUUUCUUUCAUUUGAAUCCCUGCUCUGUGAGAGUAAUAAGAGGAAAUACAACAAGUUGUGUUAAAACAGAAUGUGGGCCUUAUCCUGUUUCCUGAAUGUUGAGCUAAAGACGAACACACUGUGCACGAACAAACCCGGCAUGUGAAAAAGACACAAGGGUGCAUAACGUAUUUCUGUUUGAAUUCAGAGUGUGACAGCCUGCAUAAUUAUCCCUUGGUUGCACAUUGACCUUCGUCUGAUAGUCAUCUAUGCUGUGGUUGGUCCAUUACAAAGCAAUGAACUCCAAUCAGGUGAUCAAUGCCUAUAAAUGCCAUUUCAUUCUCUGUCAAGACAGCUCCCUGCUAAUUAAUUAACGUUUGGUCUCUGUGCCAGCAAAAGUUUUGUAUUACAUCACCAUGCUGUUUUUCUUAUGAUUAAGUAAUCUUCGUAACUCUUCUGAUAUGUGCACAUGCUUUGUCACUUGGUUGAAUUGAUUGUAAAGGUGAUGUUUGAAUAUGUCAGAGGAGAUUACAUGAAUAAAAAUUUAAUCCUGAAAAAAUUCUGCUUUUGUAAUUUCUAUAGGUAGACAAGAGAAAAAAAUGG